GGACUUGAUAAUCUCGGGGUUAGUCAGCUUUGCCUGCCCUGUUGGCUUUUUUCCUUCGGCUCCUAGCUCCGUGCCUGUCACUUCACUCAGACCUCCUGACAAAUCUGCUGCUUCACAGACGGGAAGGUUCAGAAUUUGGUUGUGGGAGCCGUCUGUCUUCAGGAGGUUUGGGCGGUGCCGGGGAAGACUUCUGGAAGGCGGGACAAAGUAGCGGAAAGGGUGCUUCCAAUUUGGUUUGUCUGGAACCUCGUUUCGACGAUUGCGAUUUGUCAAGUGGAAGAAACCAUAUGGGUUUGUCAUGAUCGUCGACACUAUGGUUGGGUUUCUACCGACGAUUUAGCAUAGUUUGGGUUGCGGAUCUUUGUUGAAGUGCAUGGUAUUCUCGGUUGAGGUCGUUAAAGUUCCCAAGAUUGUAUCACUGUGCAAACAUCUGACGUUUUCUUUACACGCGGAGAGUUUUCGAAGAAGUUGCUAGCCUUUAGGGUUUGGCGACGGGGAGCCCAACCUAUUUCUUACAAUUUCUGGCUGGUUCUUACCAAGAAUUUAAUAAUAGAAAUCGUCUGUUCAAGUCACUCAUAUUUGGGAGGCAAAUUCCAGAUCCGGAACUCCCUCAGCAGUCCAAUCUGUUGGACUGCAUUAGUUUUUCAGGAUCUAAAUGCGUCGGGGUUCUUUUUGUUGAUAAUCACGGCUUUUCUGAACGUAAGCACGGUAUCAACUGCUUGUACACGCGCUAAUUAGCGGGUGUAUGUGCUUUAGUAAGGACCCCAGAGGAUACGUUGGCUAUAUUUGGGAUUGGAAUCUCUGGUGCGCAAAAUAUUGUCACUUAAGUCCUGAAGUCCUUGCGGGCGGAAGGCAUCAGAGUGCACGAGAGGCGCAAUUAAGGCGUGUAUAGCUCUCCGUUUCCAUCAGGAGGAUUUGUAUCUACAUUUGGAGUCAAACACCACUUCUCAAAGGCACGUACUGGAGAGGAUUGCUGCCACAAUCUAGGGGCGAAGUGAAAUAUAGCAAGCUCAUGAUUAUUGGACUUCACGACAUAGCAGGUGUUUUAUAUUGAGAUUUGUUGCGAAGGAACACAUGCGCAGGGGUUUUUACUUAGCUUCUUGUGAGGUGACUCUUCAAUAAUAUCCUCCUCGUCAAUAUCAACAUCACUAAAUCUUUUAAAUUUCAGGCCACAAUCUAGGUUGGAUUUGUUUUUUUGGUCUUGCAAAUUGAGGUCACCUUUUUGAGACUCUCAAGCGACGCAAGUGCCGAGUUGUAAUUUGAUCUCCCACGUUUGAGUCUGCAAGGUUUGUAGGGUUUCUGGAGGCGUAUGUUCCAAGGCACUUAUUUAAAGAAUUUGAGGUUCAGAGAAUCGCGCCCACACAUCUCAGUGUCUGAGAAGGUGUUUUGAGGUGGCUCAUUCCGUAGCGUAUACACCUUUACUUUUUUCUCGACCUCGGUCGAUUUAGGGUUGGGCGAUCGUGCUGCUUCAGGGCUCUGGUCUUGCAAAUUUAACACCACAUUCUUGACUAGGGAUAGUGAGGAUACUUUCCUCGACCCCCUUUGAGUAGCACUGCUUGGAACAUUUUAGAAUCUUGCUUCUAGUUUCUGCAUUGCUAGCAGCGAAUCAAUUUCAAGCGUUUCUUGAGGUUGUUUACUUCAACUAGUAAUGGAGAAGAGAAAAGCGCAGAUCCCUCUUGUGUGCCACGGACAUUCCCGUCCAAUUGUAGAUCUUUCGUAUAGUCCCAUCACUCCAGACGGGUUCUUUUUGGUCAGCGCCAGCAAAGAUGGGAAGCCAAUGCUCCGGAACGGUGAGACAGGCGAUUGGAUUGGAACCUUUGACGGCCAUAAAGGAGCUGUAUGGGCAGCAUGCCUUGACACUCCCGCAUUGCGCUGCGCUACUGCAUCAGCUGAUUUUAGCGCGAGGGUGUGGGAUGCUUUGACAGGGGAUGAACUAUAUUCAUUUGAACAUAAGCAUAUAGUUCGAACUUGCGCAUUUUCUGAGAGCACUACACACUUAUUGACAGGAGGUGCAGAGAAAGUUCUGCGAAUUUUUGAUCUGGGCAGGCCAGACGCACCUCCAACGCUUCUCGAAUGCUCUCCGGAGACUCCUAUCAGGGCAGCAGUUUGGCAUCACAGUGAUCAGACCAUUUUAAGCUCUUCAAAUGACAUUGGGGGUCUAAGAGUAUGGGAUGUGAGAACCAAGUCUGUGGUCCGGACUUUGGACACGAAAUCAUCCUGCACUAGUGUGGAGGUCAGCAGGGACGGUCGGUACAUCACCACAGCUCAUGGCAACACCGUGAAUUUUUGGGAUGCUAAUCACUUUGGGUUGGUAAAGAGCUACACUAUGCCCAGGCCGGUGGAAUCAGCAUCUCUCUUCCCCUCCAAAGGCAAGUUCAUUGCAGGCGGUGAUGAUAUGUGGGUUCGCCUCUUUGAUUUUGAUACCGGCGAUGAAAUUGAAUGCAAUAAAGGGCACCACGGUCCUGUGCACUGCGUUCGUUUCUCUCCAGGAGGAGAAUCUUAUGCAUCUGGCUCUGAGGAUGGCACUAUCCGUAUUUGGAAGACAGUGAAUGGAAGUCAGGAGGCCGAGGUGGGUGGUCUUGCUGAAGCUGCAGCAGGAAAUCAGAUAAAGGUCAGAGUCGACGAGGUUGCAAGGAAGGUGCAAGGCUUUCACAUUGCUCAAGAAGAUGGCUCACAGUUCUGAUAGCCAAACUCCUGCUAUGACUCCCAUCCUCACAUCCUAGUCAAGUUUUAUGACUAGGGUUCAAAGGAUUCUGCUUGUAGAGGAGCUUUCUUUCGGAGGCUGUGCACUAUGUUGUCUUCGCAGGAGAUCUACGAGACUGCCUUUGCUUGUAUUUGAAGAUCAUUUGCGUCACCGUUGCAUGUGCUAAGCGCAGUUUAGGGAUAGUAACCUUUAUACGGGCUGCUAGUCUGUGGUGCUUGUAUAUGCAGAAAUGACGGAUUGAUUUUGGAAGUCUUGCAGUUGAUCAAACCAUGGAAUAUAGAAGUUUCUUGCGACUUGACCAAA